GGAUAGAGCCGGAGGGGCUGGAUGUGGGGUGCGCUGGGCCGUUGGGGAGGCCGUGGGUGUGUGAGCGGGUCUCAUCGGGCUCGUGUGGCGCUGAAGGGACUGCCCUAGGUCUGGGGGACAGACUCCCUGCUUGUGAGACCCGCCUUCCUUGGCCCGGGCCCCUCCCAGUUCCCCCAGCGCCGCCGCUUCCUGGUCCCCGUCGCAACCAUGGCUGAAGAACAACCUCAGGUUGAACUGUUCGUGAAGGCCGGCAGUGAUGGGGCCAAGAUUGGGAACUGCCCCUUCUCCCAGAGACUGUUCAUGGUACUCUGGCUCAAAGGAGUAACCUUCAACGUAACCACUGUUGACACCAAGAGGCGGACCGAGACAGUACAGAAGCUGUGCCCAGGAGGGCAGCUCCCAUUCCUUCUGUAUGGCACUGAAGUACACACAGACACCAACAAGAUUGAGGAGUUUCUGGAGGCAGUGCUGUGCCCUCCCAGGUACCCCAAGCUGGCAGCUCUGAACCCUGAAUCCAACACGGCUGGGCUGGACAUAUUUGCCAAAUUUUCUGCUUACAUCAAGAAUUCAAACCCGGCACUCAAUGAUAAUCUGGAGAAGGGGCUCCUGAAAGCCCUGAAAGUUUUAGACAAUUACUUGACAUCCCCCCUCCCAGAAGAAGUGGAUGAGACCAGUGCUGAGGAUGAGGGCAUCUCACAGAGGAAGUUUCUGGAUGGCAAUGAGCUCACUCUGGCUGACUGCAACCUCUUGCCAAAACUCCACAUAGUACAGGUGGUGUGUAAGAAAUACAGGGGAUUCUCCAUCCCAGAGGUGUUCCGCGGAGUGCAUCGGUACUUGCGUAAUGCCUAUGCUCGGGAAGAGUUUGCCUCCACCUGUCCAGAUGAUGAGGAGAUCGAGCUGGCUUAUGAGCAAGUGGCCAAGGCCCUCAAAUAAGUCCCUCCUGAGGCUCCGUCUCUCCUCUCCAUUUUCUCCACAAAGACACCAGCUGGUUUUCACGUGGCUACCCAAAGGACACACUUCAAAAUGGCCAGUGGGCAGAGAAUCCUGAAGCGCUUCUACAGGGCUGGCUGGGGGGCUGGAGGGGAUGAUGGGGAAUCUAGGUAAGAUUUUUAUUGUGGGGUGGUGCGGGUAGGGCAGUGUAUUUCAGUAAUAAAAUACAGAUUGGAAA